AUAAAUUCGAUAUCCAAUAUGAUACAUUGGUUGUUGCAGUUGGAGCAAACUCCAAUACGUUUGGUAUUCCGGGAGUUGGUGAUUAUGCAUUAUUUUUAAAAGAUAUCUCUGAUGCCCGUAAAAUACGUCAAAGGGUCAUUGAAUGUUUCGAGCAUGCAAGUCAACCUAAUGUGACAAAAGAAGAGGCAGCCGGUCUAUUACAUUUUGCGGUUGUUGGUGGAGGUCCUACCGUAGAAGAUCUGGCUCGUUUAUAUCCGAAUUUGAUCAAUUCUGUCACCAUGACUGUAUAUGAUAUUGCACCUCAAAUUCUUGGAUCAUUUGACCAGAGUCUCAGGGAUUACGCUAUCAAGAAAUUUACGCGUAAAGGUAUCCAUAUACGUACAGGCGCACGGGUAGAAACAGUUAAAGAACGUCACUUAAUUAUAAAUGAUAUUGGGGAAGUACCAUAUGGCAUGUUG